ACAGAAUGUAGCUGCUGUAAGAGUUAAGACAAAACGAAAGUCAUGGGAAAACGCUCUUGAGUCCUGUAUUAGUUACUUUUUUUGUUGCUGUGAUAAAACACAAGGCUUGACUAAGGCAACUUUUAGAGAGCCUUACAGUUUAUUUGGGCCUUACAAUUUCAGAGGGGUAAGAUUCCAUCACCACCAUAGUGGGGAGCAGCUGAGUACUCAUAUCCCAAGCCACAAAAAGGAAGCCUAGAAAAUGUACUGGGGAUGGAAGGAGGCUUUGAAACCUAAGACCACCCCAGUGACACACCUUCUCUAACAAGGCUACAUCUCCUGAUCCCUCCCAAGCAGCCAUCAACCAAGGCUUCCAGUGCCCAAGACCUUGUGUGUUUGGGGAGUCUUCUCAAGGAACCACAGCAGGUCCUUUCAUCCUACUUAAAAAUGCUGUUAGAAAAGAUUAUAGCUUUGUUUCUGAUGAUUAGUUUUGCUUACUAAGUUGUCAGAGUCAAUGGUUGCCCAAAGUUUUACCAAACAACAAAUACGUUAUCUUCUAAGUAUAUAGGAAAAUAACAUUUACUAAAGUUUAUGUCAGAGGAAGUAUUGAGCAGUACCGGAAUGCUUCUGGCCGUUUGCUGAGUGUGUCCUGUGAUAGCUUGUGUUGACCUUUGGUUUACCAUUACAGUCUCCUAGUAAACUCAGCAGAUUUGUUAUAUUUAAGUUACUUACCCAAUAUUCUCUAGGUCCCCUGUUUUUUAUUUAAUAUUUUAAAGUUGGCAUGGGUCCUGAGUUCCAUAAGGAUGGUUUCAUAGGUGUAUGUAAAUACAUGUGAACAUGUUCCCCAGUCCCUCUUUCUCCUUUCCCAUCCCAUUAGCCUCCAUCAUUCCCUUAGAGAGAUUUUACUUCUAUGUCAUAUAUACUUACAUAAAUUUAUGUAUAACAUCAGUGUUUAAGCCAGUCACAGAAGGACAAUGCUUGUAUGUAUGUAUGUAUGUAUGUAUGUAUGUAUGUGUAUGUGUGUGUAUGUAUGUAUUGUUUGUUUUUGUUUAGACAAAAUUUCCUGUGGUCAGGCUGGCCUUGAAUUUCUGGUCCCCUGCCUCUGCCUCCCAGAUUCUGGGGUUCCUGGUGUACGCCACUAGGUGUGAUUGUUCCUGGUGUAUGCCACUCGGUGUCGGUGUGAUUGUUAGCUCCUUUGGGUUUGUGUGCCUACUCCAGAGAUCGUGCUCAGAGUCAAGGAAGAGAAGAACCCUCUGGGAUUGUUGGGGCACCAGUUUUAUAAAGUCUCUUGGAGCCAGCCUGGAACCAGGGCUCUGAGUGGGUGAAGUGUUCAGAGUUCUUUGCCUCACUCUCUCAAUGGAGAAGGAAGAUGUUCAUAUUUAUGUAUUUCUAUAAAAUGCCUUGAAAUGGUAUCAGAUGGACAGUGUUUGUUUGUGAUGAUAGUAGCCGAAUAAAGGUCAAAAUGUCAUGGAAAACAACAAAACAAGCAGGAGAGAGAGUGAUUAGUUCAUUGUCAGCAGCUUAGAAUGUUGCACUUAGAAGCAGUUAAACUGGCUAGAGGUGGGGCAAGGGAGAGAGCUGGGCAGUUUAAAGGCCCCAGCUACCAUGACGUUCCAACCUCAGAGCAGCCUGAACUGUUCCUAAAGAAACUUCAGCAGUGCUGUGUCAUUUUUGACUUCAUGGACACGCUAUCUGAUCUUAAAAUGAAAGAAUACAAGCGCUCCACUCUUAAUGAACUGGUGGACUACAUUACAAUAAGCAGAGGCUGUCUGACAGAGCAGACUUACCCUGAAGUAGUUAGAAUGGUAUCUUGCAAUAUAUUCAGAACUCUCCCUCCUAGUGACAGCAAUGAAUUCGACCCAGAAGAAGAUGAACCUACCCUCGAGGCAUCAUGGCCCCACUUACAGCUUGUAUAUGAAUUUUUCAUAAGAUUUUUGGAAAGCCAAGAAUUCCAACCCAGCAUUGCCAAAAAAUACAUAGAUCAGAAAUUUGUAUUACAGCUUUUGGAGCUAUUUGACAGUGAAGACCCUCGAGAACGGGACUAUUUAAAAACAGUCUUGCACAGGAUUUAUGGCAAGUUUCUCGGGCUUAGAGCAUUUAUCCGAAAACAAAUUAACAAUAUUUUUCUAAGGUUUGUUUAUGAAACAGAACACUUCAAUGGUGUAGCUGAACUGCUGGAAAUAUUAGGAAGUAUUAUCAAUGGCUUUGCUUUACCACUCAAGGCAGAACACAAACAGUUCCUGGUGAAAGUGUUGAUCCCUCUACACACUGUCAGGAGCUUGUCACUCUUUCAUGCACAGCUGGCGUAUUGUAUAGUACAGUUUCUGGAGAAAGACCCUUCCCUUACAGAACCAGUUAUUAGGGGGCUAAUGAAAUUUUGGCCUAAAACAUGCAGUCAAAAAGAGGUCAUGUUCCUCGGGGAGCUGGAAGAAAUCUUGGAUGUGAUUGAACCGUCACAAUUUGUUAAAAUCCAAGAACCUUUGUUUAAACAAAUUGCCAAGUGUGUUUCUAGCCCCCAUUUUCAGGUGGCAGAAAGGGCACUCUAUUAUUGGAAUAAUGAAUACAUCAUGAGUUUGAUAGAAGAAAACUCUAACGUCAUCCUUCCCAUCAUGUUCUCCAGCCUUUAUAGGAUUUCAAAAGAGCAUUGGAAUCCGGCCAUUGUGGCAUUGGUGUACAACGUGUUGAAGGCAUUUAUGGAAAUGAACAGCACUAUGUUUGAUGAGCUGACAGCCACAUACAAGUCAGAUCGUCAGCGUGAGAAAAAGAAAGAAAAGGAGCGAGAAGAACUGUGGAAAAAAUUGGAGGAUCUGGAGUUAAAGAGAGGUCUUAGACGCGAUGGGAUAAUUCCAACUUAACAACAGCCUGACAGCGACACACUAACCCGUGGGUCACACGCUUAUGUAGUAGAAGGAUGGAGCAACAGUUUUCUGUAUUGUGCAACUUUACAGUAGAUUUCACAUUUGUCUCAUUAUUACAGCAGCACUGUAUAUACCUGUCUCUAAGUAAAGGAAAACAUAAGGACUUCAAAGUGUGGACAGUAGAUGGACUCUCAGAACUUUGCAAACAUAAUCAUUGUUCUAACCCUCUUUAAAAACAAACAAACAAACAAAAGGUCUACAGAGAUCUGUCGGGGAAAUUGCUAUGUUAAAAUUCCAUUAUCAGGAGUUCCUUAUUUAUCACUAGCAGAGAGUAUGAUACAAUUUUCAAAUGUGAACAAUCUUAAAUUUAGCUUGUCUUUCUGCUAAGCUGUUAAAUGUAUUUAUAGUAAAGGAAGAAAAGAUUGUCAUUUCUUUAUAAGUUUGUAUAGCGCCCUCCUCUGGACAUGACUGUAACGUGAUAUCCUUUCCUUUUGCACAUCUUCAUGAGUCAAGUGUCCACAUGGACCGGGGCUGUGAGUCAGAGGUCUCUGAGGAAAGGUUGUCUGCUGGAUGAACAUCUUCCCAGCUGCCAGGUCCUGGUACUCCUUUAGUUUUCAGAUUAGGAGUAAAAAGAAGAGGUGAUAAGCAUGGUAGCGAAGGGAAUGUUGGACUUCAUAUCAGAUAUGGUGAGUCCAAAUCAGUGUCUUGAAUCCUUUGAAAACAGGCAGUGGGACGCGCAGGCUUCAGCACCUGCAGCAUUAGCUGCAGACAUAAGUGUGCAUCCAGACCAGAGACAACUUAGAAAUGUCAGAGAACAUCCUUUCGGAUCCUGUGGAGUAAGAGAGAGAGCACUAAGCGAUAGAACCGUGAAGCCGAGCACCAGGACCGCGCAUCCACUUGGGAACCGAGUUGAGCAAACAGCAUGAACUGUUUGCAGUUGAUGCCUUACUUCCUAAUGUGUACUUACAAAGUAUUUCAGCAGAAGAGGAUGCAGGGUGCAGCCUCUGGGAGGAACAUCCUCCUUCUCUAGCUCACCACAGCGCCAGCCCUGUUUUUAGCCAGAAAGGAUUCAGGAUCAACAUUAUGCGUUCUGAAUUGGAUGCAUAUUCCUAACUACUGUAUUUGUUACCAAAAGUGGUUCUACAAAUGCUACUGAAAAAAAUCUGGAAAUUCCUAAUGUCCUGAGUAUUAAUAAUAAAGUUUAAAAAAUGCUUUUAUAUCAAAGGUGCAUCGUGACCAAAUUGUUUAAGUUAAAAACAAAACAAAACCAAACCAACCCGAGGGCUGUGCUCUAGCUGGGCUUACUGUCUCUGUACUGGGUCCCCCUGGGUAGGUAAGUUGCUGAUGUACAGGUGUGCAGUAUGUAUUCACCCGAUGUGUUGCAUCGCUGUGUAUUGGCAAGUGUGUGUUGUGGGGUUUGUUUCCAGGAAGCUUUUUCUUGUUAGAGACAGGACAGUGGUGAGCCCAUAACCCCGAGCCAUCACAUCCAGCAGUGUUCAUGGCAUAGAGCCGACUCUGUGUUCAUAUGUUGAGUUGUGAUUAUAGCUAACAUGAACACACAUGAGCUAUUGUUGCUCUUAGUAGAAAUACAGUAUAAAUAUGGGCUUGUAUAUUUUCUUCCUUCCUUUUAAAUGUAAAGUAGAAUAUAUAGAGCUUUGUUGUUUCCAAGGAAAAGGAGGGGAAAAGCCACUGACCUAUUUCACUUAUGAAGUAUUUCCAGAUUGUCAGUCACAAUGUGUACAUAAAUGUAAGCUAAUUAUGGAUAUUUUCAUUUAGGUACCUUUGUUCUCUUGUUUUUUAAAGGUAUGCGUACCACCAAGUCCAAGAUGGUUCAGUGGAAUAAAUAGGACUCUUAAAGAGCGUUAAGGAGGGUUCCAUCUGAGGACCUGGAAAGUGUGAGCAGAGCUGCAUGUUCACAUAUUGAUGCUAAGAAGCAAACCAUAGCACAUCUCCCUUAGCUGUCUUAGCCGUUUCCAUCUUCAUUACACAUAUCUUUGAUAGUGUAGACCUUGCUUGCUGUGGUCCCUCUGGGGAUGACAUGUGCUCAUUUGACAUGAGGAAGGUCAGGACCUCUUUCUGCACCGUGUCCUGUCCUCAGAGCUAAGGGUCAGUGUUGUCUGUUGGUCAUUCCCAACUGAGAGGAAUGAAGCUAAGCUUUAGACUAUUUAAAGAUGUGAUGAGAGCUGAAUGUCAGAACUCACAGGGCAAUCUCUGAGAAGAAACACUCAUUUCCCUUUUAACCAAAAGUGACAAUGUGACCUCUGUCAUGUUGUGUGUGGUGAGGAGAAGCUAGCCCAGGUGACUUGAUUGUUGCACUAUGUGACAUAUUUAAGGACAUACUUGCUGCAUUUGCAGCAGCCCCCCUGUCUGACCUCCCUGGGCAAUCCUGCUGUCACUCAAUGUGAGUUAACUGUGACAAACUCAGCUCUGUGUUAUAUUUUGUUUGCUUCAUAGUUUCCAGAACUAUAUAUAAAUAUAUUUUUUCAAUAGCAAAUAUUGUAGUUAGUGAGUGGUGACCACUUCAACCUUAUCCCUACCAUAUUGGUUUCAGGGAUGGGACUAAGAAUGUCCUUGGAAUAAAAAAAUUAAAAUAUAACCCUGUGAUUUAGAAUGAUGCCGAGGUUGCAGGUUGCAGCCUGCAGCAGCUGUGUGAGCGAAGUGACCGUCUCCUCUGGAUCAAGCGUCCACUCCUCAUUGUGCCCAGGCCCCAGUGCUCCUUCAUCACUGUUUAGUUAUUGUCCGCUGUGGUUUUGAUUAUAUUUUGCUCUUCCUGACAUUGACUGUUUUUUUUUAAUAAAAGAAAAUAAAAAGUAAAUGAAUAACCCCUGAAUGUGACUGGAUGCAGGGAUAAGCCCCUCCCUCCUCCUUGGGCUCUUUCCCUAAGUGGCAGGAUCGCGCUGGCUCUGUAUCUCCCGUGCGUGCGGCAGUCCAAGGUGCAGACCUAGGGAGCACUUGUCAUCACACCUCCUAUACUGAACACAUAACCCUAGGCUCAAUCACUUUAUGGAAAGGGAAAUAAAGUAGACUUUAUUUUAGGGAUGGAGCCGGGGAGUGGUGUGUGGAUGGGAGGCUGGUAUCAACAUCACUAAGUAUUCCGAAGGUCUUCUUGCUUUGUUUUUCCAUUUUAAUUGAUACACUGACCUGGCCCAGGAAAGGAAGAGCCGCUCUCCUUUGAUGUUAUUAGCCAACAUUCCCACAAAGUGACGGUCACCUGUCUCAGAAAGGCAACAGGAGAUAUGAUCCGUGACAUUUUAUUUGCACAUGAAUAUUUUAUUUUUGUAUUCUGGCUCAGCUGCUUCUCUUCGUGGAGUUAGGGAGGAGCCAUAAAGGACUUUUGUAAUAAGUAAUAUUGGCAACGCAUUUUAUACUCCUCUAUGUUUACUUUUGAGAACCUGAAAGAAGGGGUGUGCGUCCGAGAGGAGGGUGAGCGGAGCUUGAGCCAGCGGAAUGUUCCAUUUGUCUGCCGCUUGUGCACGAGAGCGGCCAGCUGUAGCGUCUCCUGGAAACCAACGCCCCGUGCUAUGACGUCUGUGAGCCUAGGUUUCCUUUCCUCCCCUCCCUUCCCCCAUCCUCUCCUCCAUUUUCUUUCUUUCUCAACCCAUCCCUUUUUUUUUUUAAAUCACUUACUGUAAAUAAGUUGUAAUCUAAACCUCAUGUAUCAAUGGGGAAAUUUCAAAUAUAAAUAUUACCAACACGUUUUCUUGUUGUCUGGCUUUUGAUUGGAGUGUAAUGAGAAUGGCAUGCCCAUCUCCUCAGGCCUGAGGGUUUCAUCUCAGCUCCAGCCUCUCCUCUCCCUCAUUUCAUUGUUGUGGCAGGAGAGGGCAGCACACGUUCAUUUUUCCCCCCGCUAGGAAGCCACAGUGUUAGCUGUGGAUGAGUGUUUUUCUUAAGUUUUCAAAACAUCCGUUGGUGCAUAGAUGUGAAAAUGAAACAAUAUGAAAAGUUGCAUAUGAAAAAUGACAGACUGGUUUAGCCAGGCAGGGAAGCCUUCUGAUCCACUUCAAAGUAAAAAAUUACCCAAGACACUUCCAGCCCCUGUUGAACCAGACUUCUUCCGUUUCAAACAGCAGGAUGCAGGUGGCAGCUUACACACUUGGAAAUAAGCGUUCAUCUUUGAAAAUAAUAUACUCUCUCAAAAGUGGUUACAGACUAAGCAGAGGUGCUCCCCAAAGCAAUGUAAUCCUCCCGUUGACAGCUAUGUGAGAUUCUGUACUGUGGGUGUCCCUAAUAAAUAAGCACUGAAGGGUG